CACAAUAACAACAGCUGGUUGUAGCAGCUUAAAGAUGGCCGCCGCAACCAUGGCGGGGCUGGACGCCCACAGGAUGGAGGAAAAGAAGUUCGAGUACUUCUCCUCCAUCAACUCCAUGGCAAAGAAAAUAAUGCAGGAGAGGGAGAAAAUUAAAGCCAAGCACGGCUCGUCCUGGGAGAGAAUGACGCCGGAAGAGCAGGACAGCGCCAUCGACAACGGGAUGAUGGAUCCCCAAAUCCGAGCCCGAUACGCUAUGCACAGAGUUGACCGUGAAGAAGUGGUCUGUUACCCUAAACUGCUCAUUCAGACGGGUCAAAAGAUAGUUCGCUUCGGGGAAGAGGAUAUUUCCUGGCAAGAUGAGCAUUCUGCCCCUUUCUCAUGGGAAACAAAGAGCCAGUUGGACUUCAGCUUGACCUCUAGCUCUGCAGACCUGGGGAUCUCAGCCUCGCAGGCGGACUCAAAGGCUGUGAAGGUUCCUCAUUCCAACCAGCUUGGCAAGAGUACACCAGGAGCCAAGGUGACUGUCAGCGAGGGACGGAGGCCAGAGGAAGAGUCAUCUUUCUGGAAGAUCAGUGCUGAGAGGUCCAGGCUCGAAGGAGAGCAGGCCAACUUCCAGUCCAUAACCCCCAGCCAGAUCAAAUCCCUCGAGAAAGGAGAGAAAUCCCUCCCCUCUUACCUCCGACAGGAGCCCCCUGUUACUUCAAUCCCCUCCAAGGAGCCUGAGGCAGCAGACCACCACCCUCCAGCUCAUACCAAGUCCACCAAGCACCGAGCACCAAAACCUCCUGCUCCCCAACCCCCUGCCGCUGUCGCUUUUAGCGCAACGCCAGCUUCCAUCUCCAUUUCGCCAAACCCAGUCCCACCUGUCAGCGUGUCCUCGUCGAUUGCAGGAUGGGAGCGAUCUCAGAGCACCCUGCCGUCGGUCAGCAACACCCUGAAUGAAGUGUUCUCCUCCAGCCCCAUGUCCAAGCCCUCCAACCACCCCACCAGUGUGGAGAGAGAGAAAGGGGAAGAAGGUUCACCCACUAACUCCACUUUUGCCCAGUACAACACAAGCAGCAACAUCCUGAAGACUGGAUUCGACUUCUUAGACAACUGGUAAACCAGAGCAGAGACCACCAGAGUCACCGCUCUGAAUGAAUCAUUCUCAUCAUCACUCUGAAGAAGGACCACACUGCCAUGACUACAGACAUCCACGUUUAGAUUUAACAAACCACCAGUCUUUAAAAUGACUAAAUUAUGUUCUUGUAAUUAUCUUCUGUGUGUCUCCUAUCUCAGCGCCUUUGUGGUGCCGUUUUUCCCCUCUAGAAAAGCUCCCUUUUGCUCUCUGACUAGGGUUGAGUCUCUUAGAUUUCUUGCCAAACCUGCCAGUAGGGAUUGAACCUCUCAGAUUAUGUGUGCUCUCCCUGACUGUGCAUUCACACUGCGAUCAGCUUGGUUGAAAGGUUACACAAUUCUGACUGAGUUUGGAACUGCAUCGAUGAUCCCAAGUACACUUAGUCACUGCAUGUAACAACAGAUAGGUGUCAGACAUCACAAAAGCUAAAUGCAACUGAAACAUUUGAGAAAUGAAAACGGUGUGAAUGUGUUAAAUAGUUAGCUAGCUAAACUGUAACAAAAAUGCUGAAGUGCAGAGGUUUAAAACGGAAUAAACAAAUAAAAUUACAUAAGCGCUAACCAUGGCUGCAACUGCUCCUUAAGGAUAGUUGUUUCAUCUUUUUUUGUACCCUGUAGUCUUUCAAAUUAAGAUUUAUAUAUAAAUGGGGAUGUUUAAAUGCCUGUUACAAUGUGCUAACCCAUUUUACACUUGUUAAUACGAGCUGUGGUACAUUAAAACGCAUUCUGGCAGGGGGAUAUAGUGGUGUUUUUAUUGCCCAAUCCCAAUAAAAAUUUCCGUUGUGGCUGCAUUUUUCUCAUACAAGUUUAACUAUUUGCACAUUAGCCAAAUAUCUAGUAACCUGAUCACGUUGCUUGUAGUGUGAAUGCACGAUAAUGGUGUGACUUGGCUGCCUUCAUGUGUAACUUUUUACACAGUAGCCUAGCAAGCAAGGAAUUGUUUUGUGCCGUAAGCAUGUCAAAUUGUCAUCUGUGCAAAACACUGUUCUGUUUUUUAUGUUUGAUUUUAUGUUAUGAAGAUUUUGCUCUCUUGUGCUUUUAUUUAUACAUACUUCUAUAUUCCUAUAAAUCUUAAGAGUUUUAGUUUAGAGUUAAAGUAGUGCUCAGUACUGCAGUCUUGGCUCACAUAGUGCAAUUACUACAAACAAUGUUCUCACUGGUUAUGGAAUUCCUGGAAUAUCAUUGGAUUUUACCAUUGCAUCACUUUACAGGAGUGUAGCAGAAUAUAUUUUCCAACUUUCACACAUUCAUUGAAUUAGUUGGUGUUUUGAAGCAAGUGGCUUUAAAAAAAAAAGUCAUGGAAGUGCUCAAUCGUAGGCCAGAUGUCCUGUAUGGAUUUCCUCACCACCUCACCUUCCCAACUGUCACCUUUGACCUCAAACUAGUGCUGAGCAAAGUUAGUGUGCAUUUAUAAUGAAAAUGAGACGCACUCGCAACGUUGUGUUUUAGGUAAACAAGGCAGGCAUGUAGUGAUUUGUACCACUUGUGUCAUAGAUCUAAAAUCCAGUUUACACAAACAGAGUACUAUUUUACUGAAUUUUGUAUUUAUCUGCUGAUUGUAUCUUAUGCUAUACAUAUAUAUUGCACUCAUGCAUUUUAAGUGACAGAUUGAAAGAAAGUAAAUACAUAAAAGUCAAA